AUGAUUGACAUUUGCUUUUUUUUGUGUUUAGGUGGAUUUCAAGGCGAAGUUAAGUUUCAAUUAACGUACUCGUCGGGUGGUGCUAUUGAUGCUAGUAAAGCAUUACGUGAGGUCAACAGUAUUUUUCACCGACACCCUCAAGCAGCACCACCAUCUUAUGGCAUUGCUACAGCUAAUUUAUAUGAACCACCACCGCCAUCAUAUCAAGCAGCACAAGCGUCGAGUAAUAAUUAUGCUGAAACAACGAUGUAUGUAUCCCCGGCACAAGCACCAUAUGAAGGAGUCUAUCAAAGACAACCAACAGGCCUUCCAAAGGCUGAAUUCAUUCCUCAAUACCCUGAAAUGCCAACAGCUCCACCGGCACAAGGAAAUAAUUCGAAUAUGUAUCCUCAAAUUCCAAAUGGAUAUCAAGCACCAAUGCAAUAUCCACCUCAACCAGCUUAUCAAGAUAAUAGCUAUGGUGGCCAAAUGUAUGUUCCACAGAUGAAUCAACAACAAUAUUUUCAAACACCACCAUCAUACGAGCAAUCUCAACAAGAAAUUCAACAGAAAAAACGGGACUAA